AUGCAUCGGUUGGUCAAAGCUCGUUCUCAGCACUUCGCCUCCUCACCUCGAAAGACAGCUACUCCCCUGAUCACAAAACAUACCCUGUAUAAUGGUAAACAUCCACCUAAAAGACGUAGAUUGGGAUCAGAGGCUUUCGUGAUUUCUAGACCAGUCAUAACUUCAGAUAGUUCUGAUGAUGAAGAUAUAUCGUUAGACGUUACGGAUGAUGAUGAUGAAGAAGAUGGAUUACCUAGAAGAGGCGAAAGUUCAAGAUCCCGUAGUCAGAAGAUAUUACCAUUAAGUUCUGAGAUAGGACAACAGAUCAUCAACAAAUCAACAAAAUCCAAUAACAAUAGGAAAUCGAUAUCCAGGAAACCCAAGGGGAAGGGAAAAGCCAAAGCUGAGAUAGUCAACGGACAUGAAAAUGAUGUCUUCGGUGAUGGUAAUGUUAAUUUAGAAAAUAACGAAGAAGUGGAGGAUGACGAGAAUGGAUCUUCGUCGACUAGUCCGAGGAAACGAAAGAGAUCGCACAUAGAUCCCGACUCAAGUGCUGAUUCGGGAAGUUGGGUAGAGAUGGAAGAGGAUGAAGAAGAACCUGAAUUUAUAGCCGAGAGAGAUCAACAUCUGAUAGAUUCUGCACCUGCAAAUGCAUUACAUAGGUUACGGAAGGCUGAAUUGAUAAGAUUAUGGAAGGUAGCGGGAAUGUGGAAUGAAGAUGAUGAUAUGAGAUCUGUCACCUCGGUGGAUGAUGAGAAUGAUGCUGGGAUGGGAAAGAAGGACCUGGUAGAUGGGCUGAUAGCAGCGCGAAAGUCAUUCGAUCGACUCAUAUCUCCCCUGCCGUCUUCGCCUAGUCGAAUGUCCCCUCGACGUAAAGCUACAUUGGAGUCUGUCGAGAUUCAUCACCUCCGCAGAUCCACUUCAUCCUCACAGCAACAUUCACCCGACUCUUCUUCGUCAUCAGGCGGUCGUCCUGUCCGCAGCCGUGAUGCGGGAGACACAGAUGCUACUCCCAAGGCUAUACCUCGUACCCGAUCCAGAGUGAGACUAGCAGAAACGACACUGAUACGAACUGCUCCCAGACGAACGAAAGAUCGAAGAAAGUCUAUGGCAAAGAAUGGCUUCAGAGGUAGAAGCAAGAGUAUGGGGGAGGACAAGGGAGAUAAAAAAGCUAGGUUUGGUGAUGACGUGAAGAGCCCUGGCAAGGGCUUGUUAGAUCUUAGAACUCGACGUUCCUCUACCCUCUCAUCAGCUUAUACCACCACCGACACAUCCCAUGAUGGCGACUCCUUGCCGGCUCGUCUGAUCAAACGACAACCUGGCAAUCGUGGCUAUACUCCUCGUCAAACACGGAAAUGUAAAUCUCAAUCAACACCUGCCCGAAAACUUGUUAAUGGCGAUAGAUCAAAGAUCACUCGGGAUGCGGACGAGGAGACGGAAGACGAUGAACCUACACCGUUAGUCAAUCGACUGCGAUCUCGAGGUGGCAGAGCAAGCUAUAUCAAAGAGACGUCAAGCGAGGUCGAAGCUGACGACGAAGAGAACGAAAACGAGCAUGAUGCAGACAACUCGACUGUCCAAGGAGAAGAUACAGAGGGGUCAGAGGAGGAAAAUUCACCGGCACCAUCUAGGAAUCUGCGAAGUCGUGAUAAGCUUAUAGAUUCAGAUGUAUCCAUGGUCAGCUCAAAGAAAGGUCGAUCAUUACCUUCCAGAGGAGCGAAGAAGAAAGCUAUAGAAGCGCUCAAAGGUGGAGAGAGCGAUACGGAGAUGGAAGUUGAUGAGGAUGUUGAGAUACCCAUUGAGGGAGAUGAUGACGAGGAGAUGGAGCAAGAUGAAAGACCUCGUACGCGAGCUCAGAACAAAGCUCACACCUCACCUCCUCAACCCUCAACACCCCCCGGUCGAUUCACACGACGACUUUCUCGUCAUUCACCUACUACAGCCGAUUCAGACGAAGAGACCGCUGAACCCCCAGAAUCUGAGCUUACAGCCACUCCAGACUCCCCGUCACCUCCGCCUGAAGAAGAUGUCUUGGUUACUCCGGGUCAAAUACAUACCACUAGAUCUGGCAAGGCAUUCGGAGUGAUGCAGAGUAGACGCAAGCGACUCAGGCAGGAAGCUAGGGACGAUCCUGAUAUGGAAGUUGAUGAGGAUGACGAAGAGGAGGAAGAUGAGGAGACUGAUGAGGAUGAGUCAUUCGAAGCUGAUAUCGAUCUGACCGAUGCUACUGUGUCCUCUCUUACACGAUUACUUCGAGAUGAGCUUGUUCGGAUGUGUGAAGCUCGAGGAAUCGAAGUUGGAGGUACUAAACCACAAUUGGCAAAAGCGUUAUUGGAAUGGAGAGAAGAACAGAACCAAAGCGAAUCCGUCAACUCCAAUCCAUCUUCUUCGGCCACUGCCAAGCCAUCCUCAUCUUCCGGUAAAGAAAAGAGUAACAAAAACAAGAAAUCCAGAUCGAAGAAGAUUAUACAUGCUAUAGGAUCCAAUGCGCAUGUUCCUGGCAAGACCACACCUGUAUUGUUGAGGGAUCAUAUCCACGCUGAAGAUCCUGCCACACCGCCGAUAUCGGACGAAGAUAAUAAACCGGUCGCUUCGGAAGCUGAACUUAAUUUGGACCUACAGGAGUUGGGUCUGGAGGAUAGUAUCAUCAAACCUUCUCAGUUGAUCAAAUUGGAAAAGAUUGGUAGUGGUGGAUUUAAAGAUGUCUUUGUAGGUAAACUGAGAGGAAGGAAGGUUGCGAUCUCAGAGUUCAGAGGACAUUUAUCAGAAAUGGAUAUUCGUGAACUCAAAUUACUCGCCGAGUUUAGUCAUCCCAAUAUUGUCCGAUUUCGUGGUAUAUGCAUUCCCGAGGAUUCGACUCAUGUACCAUGUAUGCUCGUUAGCGAAUUGUGCGAGAAUGGUGAUUUGUUUGACUACAUUCGAAACGUCCCUUGUCCAUCCCUGCGUCGAGUCCUCAACCUCAUGCUCGACAUAGCUCGAGGAUUGGAAUACCUUCACACCCGUAAACCAUCGAUCAUUCACAGAGAUUGUAAAUCCUCCAAUAUCCUCAUCAACCGAUCUGGUCAGGCCAAAGUGGGAGAUUUCGGAUUAGCACGUGUGAAGAAUUCCACUCGGUCAAUGAUCCGAAGUCUGGUGGGUACGGUCAAUUGGCAGGCACCCGAACUUUGGCAUCCCCAUCCUAGGUAUGAUUAUAAGGUGGAUGUGUUCAGUGCAGGGAUGGUAUAUUGGGAGAUGAUGAGUGGAUGGAUAGGGGAUAAGAAAUACCCUUGGGAAGGUCAUAACGAACAUUACAUAUAUGAUGUGGUAGGAGCGAAACAGAAACGACCGUCUGUAGCUGGAUUGAGAAAACAUUGGGGUGACGAACCUGUCAAUCUGAUGGAGAGGAUGUGGCAUCAAGAUCCUGCUGAGAGACCUACCAUGACUGAUGUGGUAGCUGAUUUGGAGAGUUUGAUCUCCGAGCUGAGAUAG